AUGCCAGGCCAGGUCCUCGUAAGGUCUGAAGUCGAGCCCCUCUCCCUCAUCCCAAAACUCGUGAAGAGCUGCAAAGGCGCUAUAUUGGAUCCACAGGAGCUCGAAAAUUUCACCUUUUCCCUUCAAGGAUUGGAAGAAUGCCAUACCACUAAUGAGGGGUUGGAUCACGUUUCGAGAGUGGCCAAGGCAGCCCUAAUUGAACCUCCCAUGCAUGAUGUUGAGUGUUUCGAGACAACGUGGGCAACAGACUCCAUUGCUUUCUCUGCCGAAGGAAGCGCUAAUGUCGAAGAACUCUCUGAUGUCGACGAAUGUCCGACAAGCGAACCCCCAGCGUAUAUUCUGACAUGGUUUGGGUUGAACAAGAUUGACUAUCACUUGUACCUCGCUCACAAUGAAAGAGGCAUGGACGAUAAUACGAGACGCAACAGCAUGUUUAUGUUUGAUGGCGAUGAGUGCCGUCCUUGUCCUUACAGUCAGCUAUCUGAUCUGCAAACUUAUUAUCCAAACGGUGUCGGUAAAGAUAAAGACCCUAUUAUGCUGAUCAAUUGCUUGCCUGUACGUGGUAAUCCUGCUGUUCCCGCUGACAAGGCCUAUAUCUUGGGUUUUGAUUUUGACAGCGGGAAUCUCUUCGUCCGCCAAUUUGCCUGGUUACCAGAAUACAUGGACGACGUCUGGUGCGUCUGGAACGAGGGCUUUAACCGGUACGAAGUGCAAAUAAAAGCCUUGCGUGAUACCCUCAGGCAAUGCAUUGACGAAUGUGAGCUGGAUCCGGGCGUGGGUAUUCUUAGCAAGGGCAAAUACGUUGUGGACAACUGGGAGGGUGUGGGAGUCAGCGAAGAUCCCGGCAUGGAGCUGGUGAUUGUCAUCAAGUUCUGUUUGUGGGUUGUGGAUAUGGCAGAGCCGAUGAUCCUGCCCUCUGUUCCUGGAUCUGAGUCGCUCGUUGGAGAUUUCCAGAGGUACGAGGAGGAGUGCCGCAGAAUCUUGGCCUGCGCCUCAGCUAGAUUCUGGAAGCGUGUCCAGAAAGGCUAUACGGAAGAGCAAGAAAGAUGCGAGAAAGCCAGGAGCCGCUACAUCGAUGACUUGAUGACCCUUCACGUGCCUGAAGCACAUGAGAUUGAGAACGUCAAAAGAUGUGCGCCCAGUCUGGAUACUGCCAGCAAGCUUCGCCAGCAGUAUCAAGAUGGGCGAAGGGAAUGUCACGAGCAAGGCUUGCAGGACGUGUUUACCCUUCCAAAGAAUGCCAGUAUCUCCAAGUCUCCUGAAUCUACUUUCAGAGAUAUAGUUGAGAGAUCGAAACAGGCAUUGGCGUCAAGCAUGCUGUCCUCUCCUCCUAAGGCUCCGCAGGCUAACUCACGUCGCUUCGCUCAGGCCCAAUCGCAUAGUGACUGGAUUGCUACAGCAUCGGGGCAUAGCACUUCCUCAAGUGAAGAGGAUAGCUAUUCUGACGCCUCUGAGUCACGCAAAUCACCCGUUCCAGUGUUAUUGAGGCGGAUGUCUGACCUUUCGCAGGCACAUCCAGAACUUGACAAUGUCAGUAUUCGCGAACAGUUGGAGGCGAUUCUUUCCGAGAUGAAACUGACUACGGGGUAA